AUGCACGGGGAAACUACGCCUUUAAUCCACCACGAAAGAAGAUUAAGUCAUGUAUCUGAGAUUGACGAGAACGAGGUUGUAUCAUAUGUUCGACAAAAAAGGGAGUCAAUAGUGUCGGCCAAAGACGACAUGCCGAGACCGGUCAUUGUUUCACACCAUGAAGUAGCUUCGCCAACGGGUUUAGCUCCACGGGGGAGCCGUGAAGACUUUUCAUCUUUGAGUCCUCAAGUAUCUCGCUCAACUUCACAUUCACAAACUGUCGGCGAAAUCUUGCUCCAUCAUAGUCAAGACAUUGGACCUGAGCCGAAAACCAGUCUUUGGAGAGAGACCAAGAUUUUAUUGAAAUGUUCGGUUCCAAUUGUCAUUACCUUUUUGCUUCAGUAUUCACUCACAUUUGCGUCGGUGCUAUCUGUGGGAAGACUAGGAUCAACCGAGUUAGCUGCUGUCAGUCUUAGUUCCAUGACUGCAAACAUUAGUGGUUAUGCAAUCAUACAGGGUGUUUCUACAUGCCUCGACACGUUGUGUGCUCAAGCAUUUGGGAAAAAAGAGUUGAACCAAGUCGGAGUUGCCUUUUUGAGAUGCAAUUACUUAUUAUUGUUGUGCUGCAUUCCAACAGUCAUGAUCUGGAUCAAUUCAAGAACCAUAUUAGGCUUGCUUGUUCCGGAGCAGCCGGAAUUGUGUGAAUUAGCUUCACAGUACCUCCAAGUUCUCUCAAUUGGACUACCUGGCUUUCUCUUGUUUGAAAAUGCCAAACACUUUCUCCAAUGUCAAGGAAUUUUCCAUGCAUCAACUUGCGUAUUGGUCAUUUGCGCACCUGUCAAUGCUAUUUUGAAUUAUACACUCGUUUGGAAUAAGUCGAUUGGGGUUGGAUUUAUUGGAGCUCCCAUCUCGGUGGUGAUUACAAACUGGCUCAUGUGUGGACUAUUGUACGGCUAUAUCUUUUUCAUUGAUGGGUACCAAUGUUGGCCAAAGCAGAAUUUGUUGGACAAAGUGUUUUUCAGAAACUGGGACAGAAUGAUUAAACUUUCAAUCCCAGGCGUUUUAAUGGUGGAGGCAGAAUGGCUCGCAUUUGAAAUUAUCACUUUUGAAGCUGCCAAAUUUGGUACGACUACCUUGGCAGCACAGUCGAUUGUAAGCACCACUUUGGUAGUACUCUACCAGAUCCCAUUUGGAAUGAGUGUCGUGUGCUCAACCAGAAUUGCGUGGUAUAUUGGAGCUGCUUCUAGAUUUGCUGCGCAAUUAGCCACCAAAGCUUCAGUGUACACUUCGAUUGUUUUUGGGUUUAUUAAUUGUGCAAUCUUGCUCACAUUUAGACAUUCGUUGGCAAAGUUGUACACCAAAGAGCAAGAAGUGAUAGACGUGGCUGCAAAAGUGCUUGUUGUUGGUGCAGCUUACCAAAUCAGUGACUUUGUAUCCUGCUCAACCGGUGGCGUGUUGCGGGGUCAAGGACGGCAAUACAUUGGUGGUAUCCUAAAUUUGAUUGGCUACUACCUCAUAGCUUUACCUUUUGCUUAUUAUUUUGCGUUUGUUUGCAAAUUGGAGUUGAUUGGAUUGUGGUUUGGAAUGAUUAUUGCGUUGUUGGUGGUUAGUUUUUCUCAAUUGUACUUUACUGUGACAAGUGAUUGGGGGAAGAUUAUUGAUGAAUGUGUCAGCGAGGGUGUUGCUGAUGAGGGAAACUUGACAAUCGAUGCGCAUUCGUUGUUGCCCAGUAUGAGUUCUACAAUUGUUGUGUGA